UUGCCCGAGCUCGGCGUCAUUCAAUCAUUUCCUGAUUUCAGUCAGGCGAUCUGUACUUCUGUAGAAAAACACCAACGUCGACGUUAACAGUUUGGGCCAUUAGUGACAUUAAGCUUGUUAAAGGUUUGUGUUUUUAUUUGCUAUGGCAGAUGACAGGACGGCUGCCGGGGAACGCGCGUAGCUGAUGCAUCAUCAUCAAAUGCAGUCAGAUCUGAAGUCUGGCUGGCCCUCGACUUGUAACUCGGGAAAUAACGGGAACUGGAAUAACACUAUGGACGCUCCUCAGUAUCCAGGCUACCCUUCACACUACUGGUAUCCUCAGUCUCAUUCCACAGGACACUAUGCAAACACCUAUCCCUCGGGAUCAGAUGUUCAGCCACAAUACAAUCCACAGGUAAUGCCUGGAGGUUAUCCAAAUGGCCAUGGUGUCUACAGCCCAGCGCAGAGUCAGUAUUCCACAAGUGGUUUCCACCCAUCCAACCCUUUCUACUGUGCUGACCCCCAGAGACCAGGUCCAGGUCCUUAUCCUAACCAGGGCUGUCCAGCGGAGCAGAGCAGUGGGCCGUCUGGUCAGCCACACUCUCAGCACCAACAUCAUCACUAUCCGGGUCCACACUGUCAAGGGGCUCCUGGAUAUCCUGCUGGACCGUACCCUCACUAUAGUGAAGGUGGUCAUGCGAUGCCUCCAAACCCCCCAUACCCCACUGGCCAGUCUCUCCAUCCCAGUCCUCAGGCUGAAGCGUGGGCACACUCUGGGGCGUAUGCAGCCUCACAGCAGCAAUGGCAGCCGGGCCAGCAGCCUCCACAAAACCACUACGGAAAUCCUGUCCGUCCGCCGCAUCCUCCAGCGUGGCCAGGGACCGGAACUGGAGCUCCGCCACCAUACCAACCCAAGGACCAACAGCACCAACGUGCGCCACAAGUGGGACCUAAACCCAGACCGACCCCAUCCCCGAAUCCCCCCAACGGAAAGCCUGCAGAAAUAAGUUCACCUCCCCAAAUGUACAACAAAACCGGGAGAGGUGAGCCUAAUCCUUCACAAGGUGAGCCCCCACCCUCUGCCCCGGCCCAAGCUCCAGCUCCAGCUCCAGGUCAGGCUGGACUUCAGCCCCUGAGCGAUAACCCCGGCCUUGCUAAGGUCCAGCAGGUCAUGGCCAGAGUGCUGCUGCUUCAGGAAGAUGUUGAUGAGUUUGUUGGCAAAAAGACAGACAAGAGUUACCGGUGUCUGGAGGAACUGCUGACCAAAGAGCUGCUGGAGCUGGACUCUGUGGAGACUCAGGGACAGGAGAAUGUCCGGCAAGCCCGAAAGGAGGCUGUACAGAGGAUCCAGGCCAUUCUGGACCGGCUGGAGAAGAAAGCUUUCUGAACUGGACUUAUUCAUCAGUUUGUGGGUCACUAAGUCUUGCUGUUUUUCUUCUUCCAGAUCUUCCAUGAACACGGUGAAGGUCUAGUCUUGUUCUUUGGAGCUGUGUUAUCUUUAGGUUUUUUUUCCCCCCACCACCAUGAUAUAAAAUGCCUGAAGUAAAUGGCAUGGACCCAAGAACAAGAGCAAUUACUGGUACAUGGAAUCAACCUUUCAAAGCCUAAUUAUGCUGGUAUGAGUGACAUGUGGGUAGUAGAAGUGCAAGACUGAUGGUUGUACACAUCUCAAGACUUUCAGCCUCAGUUAGCGGCUGUGCUGUCAACACAACCUGACACUCUUGCUCAGCUCAUUUUUUAUGUCAUGCCUUUGCCAGCAUUAUGCCGGGCAGAGUCACUGGAAGAUGGAUUUAUUUAGUGCCACAUUGCAACUGUUAGUUGUCUGUAACCUGUGAUACAGAUUCAGAUUAUCGUCAUGCUGUCCCUCAGGAUCGUGGGUCGCUUUUAGUCUGACCCUACAUUAAAACAACACGUGCACUUCCUUAGCUGACUAAUUAUUACAUGUCACAGACCAUUUGCAUGUUCACGAUAUUGUCCUCACACCUGACAGGGUCCAUCCACUUAUUUGCCCAUACUUAUUUCUUCAUGUCUCUGCAGGAAUAGGUGCAAUGCUUUCCUUUUCAAUUGUGCUCCCAGCCCUGCAUGCACUGUAAUAUCAGAUAAGCACUCAGUACAGUCAUGACAUCUCCGAGCUCAUAAUUGGACCUAGAUUGUAGCAGAUUAGUGAAAACCCCCUGAAGAUUACUGUCCCCAUUACUCCAUCUUUUUGGAUGAAACUGCUUCCUAAGUGCGGACCUAGAAUCAGACCUACAUAUGAAUGCCAUGUAUUUCAAUCUAGGAACUACUGUUAUUGCAGAUACAUAAGGAAAUGGUUAUGAAUUACUUGAAAAGCUGUUGAAUUGUGUUCCUCUUCUCCCUUUUUGAACACUUAGAACAUACAUAGGAACUAGGCAAGAGAAUUGUGUUUGUUUUCAGAAGUCAGAAAUCAGUUGCUGUAAAGGAAAGGAUGUACUUUUUUCGUAAUGUUUUUUGUGCUUAAGGACAAUGUUGAUCACAGCAAUUUGAUCAUAUGUUUAGUUUGAUAAUUGUUUCUGUUUACUCUAGUACUGAUAUCCUUGUUAUAUCAAACCCAGAUUUGCACCACAGUCCAUAUUCUUGUGUAGAGCAGGUCUUUUUUUUCCCCAGCCAUUCUUGAUGUGUUGAUUUAGAAAAAAAAGAGUGCCAUAUUUCAGGGGAUGGUUUUAUAUAAUUAGAAAAAUAAAAUAAAAUAAGAUGACAAGCUUUGCAUGGAGAAAAAAAAUCACCUGUCAUACGUGUUCAUUUUUGUGCUGUUAAUUUUCUGUUUCGAUGGAGCACAACUGUACAGUUUCAGAUGUAAUGCAUGUUUCCAACACAAGAUGGGAAUCUUUGCCUGAUGAAUAUUGAAGUUAUGACAAGUGAGGAAAAAAAACAGAUAAAUAAUUAAAUGUCAGUAUAUUUUUUAA